CUUUGUCCAAGACAUUUUGGAAGAGAGUUAUUAUUAUUAUAUCUCUCACAUCCAUUUUUGCUGUCUUGCUCCUCCAGGAACAGUGGGAAUGGCAGCUAGUACUUCCUUUCCUGAUCCUAGCUGUGGUGAUUUUGACCGAAAUGUACCUCGGAUCUGUGGGGUAUGUGGGGAUCGAGCUACUGGAUUCCACUUCAAUGCCAUGACUUGUGAAGGCUGCAAGGGUUUUUUCAGGAGGAGCAUGAAACGGAAGGCCCUAUUCACUUGUCCCUUCAAUGGUGACUGCCGCAUCACCAAAGACAAUCGGCGUCAUUGCCAAGCCUGCCGACUGAAGCGUUGUGUGGACAUCGGCAUGAUGAAAGAAUUCAUCCUGACAGAUGAAGAGGUCCAAAGGAAACGGGAAAUGAUCUUGAAACGAAAGGAGGAAGAGGCAUUGAAGGAUAGUCUGAGACCCAAGCUUUCUGAAGAGCAACAGCACAUCAUCACCACCCUACUGGAUGCUCACCACAAGACCUAUGACCCUACUUAUUCAGACUUCAGCCAAUUUCGGCCUCCAGUACGAGGGAGUGAUGGUGGAGGUAUCCAUCCCUCGAAAUCUUCCUCAGAACAUACACCCAGUUUUUCAGGGGAUUCCUUGUCUUCAGAUUCCUACCUAACUUCUCCAGACACGAUGGAGCCCUUUUCCAACCUGGUGCUAAGUGAGGAUUCUGAGGAUCCCUCUGUGACCCUGGACCUGUCGCAGCUCUCCAUGCUACCCCACCUGGCUGAUCUGGUCAGUUAUAGCAUCCAGAAGGUUAUUGGCUUUGCCAAGAUGAUUCCAGGAUUCCGAGACCUCACCUCUGAGGACCAGAUUGUGCUGCUCAAAUCGAGUGCUAUAGAAGUGAUCAUGCUUCGCUCCAACCAAUCCUUCACCAUGGAUGACAUGUCUUGGACCUGUGGGAGCCAAGACUAUAAGUACCGUGUCAGUGAUGUUGCCAAAGCUGGACACAACCUGGAACUAAUUGAACCACUUAUCAAGUUCCAGGUUGGGUUGAAGAAACUGAACUUGCAUGAAGAAGAACAUGUCUUACUCAUGGCUAUCUGCAUUGUGUCCCCAGACCGGCCUGGAGUGCAGGAUGCAGCACUCAUUGAGGCCAUCCAAGACCGGCUGUCCAACACGCUGCAGACCUACAUUCGCUGCCGCCACCCUCCACCUGGUAGUCACCUGCUCUAUGCUAAGAUGAUCCAGAAAUUAGCAGAUCUGCGCAGUCUCAAUGAGGAACACUCAAAGCAGUACCGCUGCCUGUCCUUCCAACCAGAGCACAGCAUGAAGCUCACUCCCCUGGUACUCGAGGUGUUUGGCAAUGAGAUCUCAUGACUGGGUCGGCCAAUGCUAGUACCUGGGUAGGAGGCACACUCCAAGGGGGUGGUACAAAUGGGCACCCAGCUCCAGAAUCCUUUGACUACUUGCUGCUGAGCAGCACUCCCUGCCCCUUUGGAGCUCAGCCUCCUCCUUUCCUUCCUUCCCUCCCCUUACCAUACCCCAGGUCAAUCCUUUCUCCUGUCCAGCCUGUGUGUCAAGGGUCCCAAGACCUCUCCUCACCCCACACCCUUUUGAAGGCUUUCCAGUUCAUUUGGAUCUCAGUUAAGAGGCACUGUUUAUUUGAUAAGGCAACUCAAAGGAAUCAGAGAUUGGAGAGCAAGAACCUGAAUGUUAAGGCUUCUUCCCUGUAUCUAUAUGGCAGCCAGAAGGUAUUAUGAGAUCAUAUAAGAGAAAUAUGUCCAUUCCUCAGGGACAGAGACAUCUGUAAUCCCAAAACAUUUGAGUCCUAGAGGAGUCCUUCAGCCCUUCCCCAUCCCCAAAGAUAAAUAAUCUGCUUUUAUAUAUGUAUUUCCUUGGCCAGCCUAUCCCACAUAGGAACUAUGUAGUAGAGCUGAAUUUAGAGAAUCCAGGCAGAUGAGCAAAGGGCUGGGAUAUUCUCUACAGUGGUUUUCCAGGAAUAUGGUGACUGUGGUGAUCGUUUCAUACCUUUCCAACCUUUCCACACCUCCUGCCUGGCUUUUCAGUGACCACACCAUUUCUGUGUUACUAUAGUAAAUGCUUCCAAAGCCUCUUCAAUAGCAGUUGUAGUAAACAGACUCCUUGUCCUGAGUUUGGAAUCCAGUCAGCUGCAUCUUCAUUCAUAGAAUGGAGACAGCCUUCACCGAACUCACCUGCUAAGAGGAUUACAUGAAAAACAAAAGCUAAAAUGGGGAAAGCAAGAAAAAGGAAAUCAAUCUCUUGUCUUCUGUAUCAAUUCCAAAAAAUGUUAAUAGUAGAAGGGGAAGGGGAAAGGGAGGAGGACAUACACAGCUAGCCUCCUAAGCUUUCAGUCUCUUCCUGGAUUUCAGAGACUUAGAUGUGUGACAAAACACAGAAAGCCCCUUCAAGCAGAAAGCAUCAUUCCCUACUCUGACCCUUAUCUCAACAGUGUUUUACCUCCAUUCCAGAAGACACCCUGAGAUUCUUUUUCAUCCUCUUUCCCAUCCAUCCAGCAUCUGCCUUCUUUCAUCCCCUCAGUUGGAAAAUUAGGAAGUCUCCUUUCUCAGUGAAUAAGAAGGACAAAGAAAAAAGCUGCAAAAGUUGGCUCCCUUUCUCAAAACAACUCCUCCUCUAAGAGUGAACCCGAGAACCAAAGUAACACUCUCCUUUCCACUGGCUGAAAUUCUGCUGCUAUAAAAAUGUUACCCAUGUAGUGCUAAAAAAUAUUCAAAGGGGCCUGGUGCCUCCUACCAUAGGAGUGAAAGUAAUACUGGAGAAUAAUAGCUACAGUUCUCUGCUUUGUUUCCUUACCUUGGGCAAAAAGGAAGUCUAACAUAAUCCUGUUUUCUGCAUGGUACAGAACUUCAAAUACAUGUAUGAAUGAGCGACAAAAUACCAAGCAGAGAAUAAGUUACUCAAGAAUGGACUCAUUCAUGAGAGGUUUUACUUGGAAAGGGUACAAUUGAUGUGGAAGGAACUUGGGUAAAGGGUUAUUCUGCAGCAGUAUCUUUCUAUGGAAGGAGUUCUUAAUGUUUUUAUGUCAUAGAUGCCUGGGGUAGUCUAGUGAAGCCUUCUCAGAAUAUUAUUUUUAAAUACAUAAAUACAUUAGAUUACAAAGGAAGCCAAUUAUAUUAAAAUAUAAUUAUCAAAAUAUAUAUUUUUUAAAAUUUCACACAUCCUAUAUUAAGAAUCCCUGUUCUAUAUGAAUUCCUCAGUAUAAAUAAAUAGUUACUAGACCACAGGAUGUAUGUAAAUAGGUAAUUUAUGUUCAUGGAAACAAUUCUAAAGAUUGGUCAGAACUCUUCUGAGACCACCUGGAAGAGAAACAGCCCUUUCUUCUUUUGCUUUUUAUAAAAUUUUUUCUUAAUAUCUCUGACUAGAAUUAGAGAAUAUUAGAGCAAGAAGAAACUUUAAAAGUCACCCCUCAACACCCUCAUUUUAAAGAUGAAAAAAAACGAAGCCCAGACUGGCAACUUCCUUAGGGUCACACAAUCUGUUGGGACUAAGAUUCUGACCCAAGACUGACACACAAACUGUUGGUGAAAUAAUUGGAAUAGAAGUCAGGGGUUUUCCCUUAAGUGAAAAGUUGAGGAAGCCCUAUUCCCCAGUUUAAGUGGGGGCAGAGAUAAAUGCUCCAGAUCUUGGUCCCUUUCCUCAAACCAACUUCCAAUCUAGUACUUUCUUUUUAACAUUAUACUAAAUUGCAAUCCAAAUAUAAUCUUCUUUCAAUUUGUUCAGUGCCUCUUGGGACCUUGCACUUUAGAAAGAAGUCUUGUUCAAAUAAUUGUUCCUUCUUGGCUGUUUCCUUGUUGUGACAAGAUAGUAAACUGGACUCUACUCUGACCCUGGCUUCAUGGAGCCGCUCUUGUCUAUAUGAUGCUAUUGCCCUAUCAAUAAAGUACAUUUGGCUUUGUUAUGUCUCCACCUUCCCAGCUCUAGCUCUGGCAUUGGCUUCCAUGAUGAAUUCUUUGCAAUCCACUCCAGUGACAUGGACAUCAACCCACACUAGAAACCCUAAUCAUUUUCAAAGGGAAAGACUCAGUUAGCAUUCAUAAUAUGUUUAUUUAAUUUUAGAGAAAGGAAUAAUGAGAAAAUGUGGGCAUUAAUCUGGCUCAUUCAUCUAGGAAAGAGACUAAGAAGAAACACAUAGAAAUUUUAAAGUCAGUAACUCAAAAAAAAAAAAAAAACUGCCUUGAAAUUUUU